CUCUCCGCGCAGCCCAACCCGAGCGCCGCGCGUCGCCGCCACUGCAGCUCGCGGCCCCUUCGCCUCCGCCCGCCUUUCCCGUGGCUAAUUUGCCUUAAACUCCCUAAAAUCUCCGCACCCCCGGUUCCUGCUGCGGCCGAAACUGAUCUGAAGAUAUACAAUCCAGAGUGUUUGGAGAGGUUACCUCUGGGAAGAGGUAUGCAACCUAAGGUCUCUAAUUAAUAGAAGAUGGCAAAGCCCAGCCACAGCAGCUACGUCCUUCAGCAGCUAAACAACCAAAGGGAAUGGGGUUUUCUCUGUGACUGUUGUAUUGCAAUUGAUGACAUUUACUUUCAAGCACACAAAGCAGUUCUAGCUGCUUGUAGCUCCUAUUUUAGAAUGUUUUUCAUGAACCAUCAGCAUAGUACUGCACAACUGAAUCUCAGCAACAUGAAAAUCAGUGCUGAGUGUUUUGAUCUCAUUUUGCAAUUUAUGUAUUUAGGAAAAAUUAUGACAGCUCCCUCUAGUUUUGAGCAGUUUAAAGUGGCAAUGAAUUACCUACAGCUGUACAAUGUUCCCGACUGCUUAGAGGACAUACAGGAUGCAGAUUGUUCUAGUUCAAAAUGUUCAUCUUCUGCUUCUAGCAAACACAACAGCAAAAUGAUAUUCGGCGUAAGAAUGUAUGAAGACACUGUGGCUAGAAAUGGCAAUGAAGCCAAUAAGUGGUGUGCAGAGCCAAGUUCAACAGUAAAUACACCACAUAAUAGAGAGCCUGAUGAAGAGUCUUUACAAUUAGGUAAUUUUCCUGAACCACUGUUUGAUGUAUGUAAAAAAAGUUCUGUGUCCAAAUUAUCUACUCCAAAAGAACGUGUGUCACGACGCUUUGGACGGAGUUUUACCUGUGAUAGUUGUGGAUUUGGCUUUAGCUGUGAAAAAUUAUUAGAUGAACAUGUGCUAACCUGUACUAACAGACAUUCAUACCAAAACACGAGAUCUUUUCACAGAAUAGUAGAUGUUAGAGACGGAAAAGACAGUAAUAUUAAAGCUGAAUUUGGUGAAAAGGAUUCUCCUAAAACAUUUUCUGCGCAGUUGGAAAAAUACAGAGGAGACACAAGCCAGACUGCUGAUGAUUCGACUUCAACCACUGGAAGCAGAAAGAGUAGCACAGUGGAGUCUGAACUAGCCAGUGAAGAGAAAAGCAGAGCUGCUGAGAGGAAAAGAAUCAUCAUCAAGAUGGAGCCAGAAGAUAUUCCUACAGAUGAACUGAAAGACUUUAACAUUAUUAAAGUUACUGAUAAAGAUUGUAAUGAAUCCACUGACAAUGAUGAAUUAGAAGAUGAACCUGAAGAACCAUUUUAUAGAUACUAUGUUGAAGAAGACGUCAGUAUUAAAAAAAGUGGUAGGAAAACUCUAAAACCUCGGAUGUCAAUAAAUGCUGAUGAAAGAGGUGGUUUAGAAAAUAUGAGGCCCCCUAACAACAGCAGCCCAAUACAAGAGGAUACUGAAAAUGCAUCUUGUGAGCUGUGUGGACUCACAAUAACCGAGGAGGACCUGUCAUCUCAUUACUUAGCCAAACACAUUGAAAAUAUCUGUGCAUGUGGUAAAUGUGGACAGAUACUUGUUAAAGGUAGACAGCUUCAAGAACAUGCUCAAAGGUGUGGAGAACCUCAAGAUCUGACAAUGAAUGGGUUAGGAAAUACUGAGGAGAAAAUGGACAUGGAAGAGAAUCCUGAUGAGCAGUCUGAAAUAAGAGACAUGUUUGUUGAAAUGUUGGAUGAUUUUAGAGACAAUCAUUUCCAGAUAAACAGUAUCCAAAAAAAGCAGUUAUUUAAACAUUCUGCCUGUCCUUUUCGGUGUCCUAAUUGUGGCCAGCGUUUUGAAACUGAAAAUCUAGUGGUUGAACAUAUGUCUAGCUGUCUAGACCAAGAUAUGUUUAAAAGCGCCAUCAUGGAAGAAAAUGAAAGAGAUCACAGACGAAAGCAUUUUUGUAAUCUGUGUGGGAAAGGAUUUUAUCAACGCUGUCACCUAAGAGAACACUAUACUGUUCAUACUAAGGAAAAACAGUUUGUUUGUCAGACAUGUGGAAAGCAGUUUUUAAGAGAACGUCAGUUGCGACUGCACAAUGAUAUGCACAAAGGCAUGGCCAGUGGUGAAAUAGGGCCUUCUAAACCUCUGGAGAAGUGAGAUCUGAAUUUGGAGAGGACAUGGGGAAGAAUCAAUCUUCAACAGAUAAUCUUUAAGUCCAGACCCAGGAAUAUCAGAUCUGAAGUGACACCAUCUUUUCUGUCUUCCUGACAAACCUCAUCAAGCCCAAAAGUUCCAGUUGCAAGGAUCCAAGAAAACUCAGUAAAGAUCACUUUGAAAUCACUUUGUUGUGACAAAAUUGAUUCAUGGUGACUCUUCUAGUAUUUGUGGGAAAUCAGUGGUCAAAGCUACAUUAAAAUGAAACUUUAUAUGCUAAUUAUCUUCAAGGGCCCCUUCUAAAAUAAAAGGGCUUGCUAGGCUACUAUAAAUAUAUUAUAAAUAGAGACAAUCAUGUAUCUAUGUAAACACAUAUAAUUCUAAAUUUAAAAUAAUCUGAAUUAAAAAAAUUUUUUUUUAAAAUUACACCCCAAAAUCUGCAGAGUAUAAAUAAAAGAUGUGGGUACAGAGAAAAAAGUAAGACCAAUAUUUUAAUAAGAUAAUCUAGUUAUUACUGUUAAUGUAACAUUUGCCCUUCUUUUUCACUGUAUAUAUGUUACAAACUUGAUUAUUUGGUUAUUAAUAUUGAUGAAGCUCCCUUUUUAAUCUGUUAACUUGAAGGAAAACCAGAAAUGCUAUUACUUCAAUAUUGGUAGAUUUUCACAAAUCACAGAUAACCAAAAAGAAUGUAUCUUAAGACACAUUAUUUUUUUCUAAACUUAGUAAUAUAAGCUAAUAAGAGAGAAUGAGUUUCUGUUAAACAUUUAUUCUUGAUAUUAAUGUAUAGCACCAUGUUUCUCAGUUUUCAAAUUUCAAGAUAAAAUUUAACUAUGUAUUGAGUGGCUCAAAAGUUUAAGGUGUUUUAAAAACUUUCGUGAGGAAGUAAAAUGUUUGGUGAAAUUUUAACCUGGCUACAAAUACUUUGUUUUUUAUAUAUACUCAUACACACAUUUCUUAGCCACAUGAAUCUUACAGCCAUAUUAUUUCCUUACUGUGAGUACUUGUAGUUUUGCUUUUGGUUAACUGUAUACCCAUUAUUAUUAUUGUUAUUGUUACUUUUGUUUCUUGUGCAAUAUCAAGAUGUUAUAUAUCUUCAGAAAUGCUUAUGUUUUUAUGCCUAUUCAAAUAUUUUAAUAAGGAGUUACCUAACUUAGAGUUAGGUAACUUUAAUAAAGAGACCUAACUUAGAGUAUACAUAAUAGUAUAUGUAGAAGUUAAGUAAUUUAAAAUCUCUAGCUAUAAAGUAGAAUGAUAACUCGAAUAUUCAUUAUAGUAAUUAGAUUAACAAAAAUCAGAAAAGUUAAUUGCAGUGGGAUAGUAGGAACAGGGGCAAGAAGGGAGAUGAGAAAUCCACUAAAGACUUCAAAUUCAUAUGAAUUCAACUGCUUUAAAAAAUAAGUUUAGGAGAGUGUUUGUUUCUUUAAAAAUCUAGUUAAUAUCUUUUGGGAACAUGAGGAAGCAAAUAGAACUGCAGAAUUCUAAUAGGAAACAGAAAAGAUAAAUAGUUUUAAUAAUUAAAGGUACCAGAUCAAUAUAGUAGAGACUUAACAAAUAAUUUUUAAUUGGCUGCUGGAAUUUGAUUCACAAAAUAAAUAUGGCUUAAAUUUUGACUGUACUAAAAUAAAAUGUAAUGAAUUAAAAUAAUAAAUGAUAUAAAUGCAUUCUAUAAUGUGAUUAUUUUCUGUAUAUUAGUAUAAAAUGGAGUUAUUGGGUUACAUAGAGAAUUUUUGUUACAUUUUUAAAUCCAUUGCUUUUACCUAAUAAAACUUCCUCCUCCAUGUUCAGAAGUUAAA